AUGGAUGUUCUUGCCGUGGAAGAUGGAGAAUGCAUCUAUCUAAAUGGUGCUGAAUAUUUUCACUAUUCGCCAGGUGGUUACGAUCCUGGUAGUCACUUGAUGAGCGAUGCCGACUGCAAAGCCAAAUGCGGAUCUUAUUUCUUACCAUAUUCUGGAAUCCUGAGGCAAAAAUUAUGCCUUUGUGCAAAAGACAAAAGAGUCGAAAGUGUACCUGUUGCACCUGCAAGUGAAUGUGGAACAAAUCCAGAUCUUCUAGUUUUUUACAGGUCAAACAUCAUUAUAUCAGUUACAGGGCUCGCUGUUAAACCAUCAGAUGAUGUUUCUCAGACAGCUACAGAUGUUGUAUUUUCCGUCAGCUAUGAGACUGGGGAUGAUGUUGAAUUUACCAUUGACUAUGGUGAUGGUAGUUUUGGAGCUUUUAAUGAUGUUCAUGACGUUCAAGCUCAUAAGUUCUUUGUGCCCGGGAAAUAUUGGGUGCAAGUUUCUGCAAAGCCCAGGGGUGCACCUGAGAGUUAUCGAGUACUGGCAAGUACUGAGGUGACAAUUACAGACAGUAUUGAAAAUAAGACAGUUGUGUUUAGCUGCCCGCCCGUUGUAAAACCCACUGUUGUAGUCACAUGCAAUUUGACGACAAUGACUGGUGGAUUUGUUACCAUGGAAAUAGACUGGGGUGAUGAAUCUAAAGUUAUGAUGGGAUUACCUGAUACCAAUAUUCAAGCAAUUGGACCAUUGAUACCUCAACAUGAGACACCUGAUAUGUCACCGAAAGAAUCAGGUUAUAUGCUCGUCAUUCCUCAGCUUGAGCCAGUCGACACCAGAGGGAGACUUUCGGCUGUUCGUUUGUGGGUUUUGGAAUCGGGAGCAAUGGCUGUUAUGGUUCUUCGAAAAAAAUGCCCAGAAGGGUCAGUUUGUCCUGUCAUACGGGACGUUCGCACUUGCAGCAAAGAAGAAUCUUUCUGUGCUCAGUUACAGACUUGCACCAGCAACAAAAUAAUUAAGUGCCCACACCACAACCUUGCCAAAGUCCUAGAGUUUGAAAUUGUUCAUGUUGUACAAAUAACAGUUGAAACUGGCCACCAGUACAUUUCUUUAACAGAUACACCUGAAGUUUAUCCUGGUGACAUAAUUGCUUUCAUAUCAGCAAUGGCUAAGGUUGCCUAUCGAAAACCAUUUCUGAAGGAACCUACUGAUUUAGGAGGAAUAACAUUCGAUAUGCAAGAAACUGUUAUCCCACAAGACAUUUUAUCUAACACACAAAAAGUGCAUUAUUUUCAAGCAAUAAUUAAUAAUCCAAUUGAAAUGGGAGUGCAAUAUUUAUUUAGUAAAAAAAUUGGUAUGCAUGAUGUUGUUAUGAAGCUAUCAAACAAAUUUUCUACUGUGCCCAUUGUUCGACAGCAAAAAGUCGAUUCUCAGAGACCUCUUGCUGGAUUGAAGUUAAGUGUUAAUCCUCCAGAUGCUUCAACUACAGAACAAGUAACCAUUGAAAUAAAAAUAAGUGGUGGUACUUUUGUCGAUGUUUUAUGGGAAUUUGGUGAUGGGAAAACUAAGAAAGAAUUUUUAGCAGAGGUGAAAAAAGGAGGAAAAUAUGAGAAAACUUACAAGUACCCACAGCCUGGAGUUUAUGUUAUUCGAGUGCAUGCAUCUAAUCCUCAUGCAAAUUUUUCACAAGUUCAUAUAUUAAAAGCUCAAAGACCUGUUCUUCCUAUAUAUGGAGUCACCACCAAUACUCCUCAAAUACUUCCUAGUUCUAUCAUAUUCGAACUGACUUACCCACCUUCUGAAUUAUUACCAACAAAUGCAACUGCUGUCUUUACAUUUGGUGACAAGAAAACUUGGAAGUGGAACAUUCCAAAGGAAGGAGAAGGCAUUCAGGAAACAUUUGAACAUAAAUACAGAAAAGCUGGAGUCUAUCUUGUCAAUAUUCGGAUAUCAAACAUUGUCUCUUCAUACACACUUCUAACUGAAGUUGAAACUGCUGUCCGUAUUAAAGAUCUUGCUGUGAAUGUUUUGUACAGUCCUUUACUUAGUAGUCAUGAUCAAAUAGCUGGCUAUGGUUCUGAAAAAAAUAAAUUCCCAAUAGACCGUAACGUUACAAUGCAUAUGAGCGUAGCAACAGGUGAGGUUGAAUUGUAUAUUGUACAAAUGGCAAAUGGUACAACUUUGAUGAAUAGCUCUGAUGCAACUUACACUAUGAUGUUUCAAGAGCCUGGAUAUUAUAAUUUCACUGUGUCAGCAUACAAUCAUGUCCAAAAAACAACAGACCCUGUUUUCCUGUUCCUGUAUUUGAUGGAACCUGUAGAAGGACUGAUUGCUAUUGAUAAUGUUAAUGCUACAUUAGAAGAAGAAGAGGAUAAGGAAUUUGAGGUAUAUCUUGAACGUGUUGGUACAGAUACUUGCCUCUUGGUAGAUUAUGAUGAUGGUACUGUACUGAGGGCGUUUGGCAAUGGAGAAACAUGCAAUGAUACAGCCGAGGAAGUAGUGUGGGAAGGUGAACUGGAAAAUCCGCUCAUCAUUCGGCACACUUACAUAUCCAAGGGAUACAUGGAUGCUUUUUUUAAAGCAUUCAAUGCCAUUUCUGAAGUCAACACAACUGUUAGAUUUUUCAUUACAAACCAAACCUGUAAAGCUCCUGAUCUUUCAAUCAGAAAUAGGAUUCCAAAUUAUUACUUAGCUCCAGAGUCAUAUAGGUCCAUACCAGUUGUACUUUACUCGUAUACCACAAUGAAGUGUAAUGAUUCCAGUGAAACUGUUAGAAGCUGGAGUGGUUACAGACUGAAUGAAACUAAUGGUCAAGUAAUUGAAGAAAUAGACUUGACCAUGGUUGACUCUUACAGAAAAUCCAUGCUUUAUUUAAAACCCUUUUUAUUAAAAGGUGGCCUUUAUAAAUUCAAGUUUACGGUUAACAUGACGGUGUUCAUACAAAAUCCGCCACUAGUGCUUGUUAGAUCCGUGGAGACUUAUAUAAAAGUGGUACCUUCUCCUGUGAUUGUGAGACUUACAGAGGGAGCCCAGUCUCGUGUUACCAGAGGCUGGGGACAGGGAAUAAUUCUUGAUCCAGCGCAAAAUUCUAUUGACCCUGAUGAUGAAAAUAAUAAGAACUUUACUGUAAAAUGGUACUGUCGACGGUUGCCUGGAGAAGUUAUCAACAGGAAUUUGACAGAAGACAUGCAAAAUGUUUCAGACCCCAUAUUCGAUCGCAGCGUACUGUACAGAGAGCGUCCUACUGGUCUUCCAACUCCCAGCUCUGAAGAAAGUAGUGAAGAAGAUGAACCAAAGGAUGGUUUGCUCGAAGAACCAGAUUUAGGUGGAUGUUUUGGCAAAGGUCCAGGUAUGAUCAAUGUCACAGAAGGAUAUGUCAACUGGAAUACUACAGUCUUCAGAAAAUACAAUGUAACCUAUGAGAUUAUUGUUAAAUUAGAGAUGUCUGACCGAGAUCCAUGUUGGGGUGGUCUACAAAUUGUCUUGCUGGAGCAUAUACCACCAGUUAUAAGUGUUGAGUGUCAGACAGAGAAACUCUGCUAUCCGAACGACCCCAUUGGUCAACGGAUUAAUCCAGUUAGAGUUGGUUUGAUUGGUUUGUGUAAAGAUGGAUGUGACACUGAACUUCUAUAUGAAUGGCAGGUUUUUGGAGUAGAUUCUGAAGGAAAUGAAACAUAUUUAGCCGAAGCAGGAGAGUUCCUUGUUGGUGCUACUGAAAAGAAAAUGGCUUUGAGUGAGGAUUUUUUCAAAGAGUAUUAUCCAACUUAUGGUGAUUUUAUUGCAAAACUGAUUGCUGAAAAUGAGUAUGGACUUCGUGGCGAAGCUGAUCUUUUCCUCCAUAUUAACCAGCCCCCUGAAGGUGGUAAUUGUACAAUUGUGCCAGAAAGUGGAAGAGCUCUGAUUGAUGUAUUUACCGUUAGUUGUUUAGGUUGGGCAGAUCCCGAAGGAAAAGAAAUAGAACAUUUUGCAUUUUGGACCAUUCAUAACGACACUGCUGCUUUGAUUUAUCUGAGUGCUGGUCCAGAUCCCGAAGCGUCUCUUGUUCUACCAUAUGGACUUUUUGAAUUAGGUGUGGACAUAAAAGAUAAAGAAGGUGCUUUGGCAAGAAUCAAUAUCACUACUAUGAUGCUUGAACCUCCUUUCAAGCAAGAUUAUGACAACUUUAUCAAUAACAGACAAUUGGAGCAAGUAGAAGCAUCUGGUGAUCAAGCCAGAAUGAAUCAAGUGUCUCAAGCACUAUCUUCGCUCAUGAACGUUCGACUGCCUUUGGAUGAUAACAGCACUUUUGAAGAAGUCACUACAACUGAUCCAGGUCUUCUGGACAAGGAAGCCGAGCAAAAAGCCCAGACACGUUUAAAAAUGGUGCGUUCAGUUGGCAGUGUAAUGAAUACUGAUACUUUAGGACAUUUGGAACAAAUCGGAAGUGCUUUAACUGCAAUUUCUGGAGAAGGCGAUGGAAUAGACAAUGAAGGAAUGGAAGAAAUCAUUCGUUUGCUGAAUAAAACAGUACAGUUAGCAUACAAUAUGGAAGUGGAAGCACCACAACAACUUCUAGAUUUUUGCAUGUAUGCAGUCGGCACUAUGGGUGGAAUAGUUGCAAGAAUGACAGAACAGCUGAUAUCGGGUGUAGUUUUACCAACUGAUCGAGCCAAAGCUUUAGAUUUUGAGUAUGAUGUUGAAAUUCCCCUUUAUGGCGAAGAAGAAAAAGAUAGCUUUUUUGAUGGAACAAUUCCAUUAGAAGAUGCUUUAACAAAGGCUGUUAUAAAACAUGAAAGAGAACAAGCUGAAGGAAGCAUUCGAACCAUUGUUGAUCUUACCAUUAAGCUGGUGUUGGCCAUGUUGAAAAAUAUAAUUGUUGGGGAAAAGCCAAUGGAAUUUAUAGCACCAAGUGGACUUGGUUUUACGAUAUCAAUGUUUAAGGGUGGCACCUUAAGCAACCGUGCUAUACAACAUGGGGAUGCUGUGUAUGUGUUUCCAGAAGUUUGUGACAUAUUAUCUGAGUAUGGUUGUUGGGGAAAUGAGACAUUAGGAGUCAUGGCUGUGUCAUGGCCAGCCAUUUUAGAUUCAUAUGGUGAUAGUGUGGACUUACUAUCAAAUGACACCAAAACUUUGCAGCUUUUAAUGCUUGAUGAAAAUUUAGAUCUCUUAAAAGUACAGAACACUACUGGUUGGUUUACAAUUAAAGUUCCCAGAGGUAGUAAAAAAGAAGGUGCUGAACCAGCAUUGCCUGAUCCUACUUAUGUCCAUGCAGUUAUCAAGUGGAAUGAACAGAUGGUUUACCACCAAUUUAUUGUAGAAAAAGCCGAUUCAGCUGUCAAUGUUGAAAUAACACCAACUGACCCAGAGGUUGAAUUGCUUGUUUUUGUAAAGCAUAGAGUUAAACCUCUUCUGCAUGACUAUGAUUUCAUGAUAAAUUUGGCCAAUAUACGUGAAGAAAAUGGAACCUAUGAUCUCUUUCUGCCAAACGAGAUUAUUCAGAACCGUACUGGAUUUUUUUACUUGGGCAUAAUAGAAGCUAACAACACCGCCUUGAAUACUUCAAUUCCUGAUGAAAUGCUGUUUGACAGCUCAUUUAAUUUCACUCAUGGGGAGGCAGUUCGAGAUUUCUCCACCAAUUACUCUGUGAGAAUCUAUACAUCUGGCUGCUAUUUCUAUAAUUAUGACCUCAGAAUCUGGUCUGGAGCUGGAUGUUAUGUUGAAAAUGCAACAGCAAAACUGACGCAAUGUAAAUGUAAUCACUUGACAUCAUUUGGUGGUGGAUUUUUUGUGGCUCCUAACACUGUGGAUUUCAGCUAUGUAUUUGCAAAUGCUGGCUUUGCAGAUAAUGUUACUAUUUACAUGACAAUCAUCAAUAUUAUGUUAAUAUACUUAGGACUACUGGCUUGGGCUAGACGUCAAGACAUCAAAGAUAAGGAAAAACUUGGAGCAACACCAUUACCAGACAAUGAUCCUGAAGAUAAGUACAUUUAUGAAAUGAUAGUAUUUACUGGGAACAAGGAUGCAGCUGCCACAGAUUCAAAAGUUCAGUUCAUUUUGUCUGGAGAUGAUGAUGAAACAGUUGUAAGAACAUUAGAGGAUCCUAAAAGAAAAUUAUUUAGGCGUAAUGCUGCAGAUACCUUUGUUAUGACAACACCAAGGCCACUUGGGAGACUAAAUUACCUUCGCAUUUGGCACGAUAACAGUGGUAAAGGGAAGUUUAAAUCAUGGUUACUAAAUUUUGUUGUUAUACGAGAUGUUCAAACUGGAGCACGCUACGAGUUUGUUUGUAAUCGCUGGCUUGCUGUAGAAAAAGAAGAUGGUUUGAUUGAUAGGUUGCUUCCAGUUGCUGGGAAAGGAGAAGCCACUGAAUUUAAUCAUUUAUUCCAACAAAAGACACAGAAAAAUCUAUCCGAUGGUCACCUCUGGUUUUCGAUAUUUAUGCGCCCUCCCAAGAGUCGAUUCACGAGGGCCCAAAGAGUAACUUGUUGUUUUGCAAUGUUGUUUUUGUCCAUGCUAGUGAAUGCUAUGUGGUAUGGUAGGGUACCAUCCAAACCAUCAGGAUCAGCGUUUAGCCUUGGUCCAUUGUCUCUAAGCCCUGAACAGAUUGGUGUUGGAGUGAUGGCUAACUUUAUAGUAUUUCCACCUACUUUCUUGAUGAUCACUCUCUUCAGAAAAACCCGCCUACGUACAUUGAGACCAUCACAUGUUACUGAAGCUAUCAAAAAGCAGCAAGCGUCAAAGAAAAAACUAUCUACAUUUUCACGCCCUGGUUCUGCUGCAUCCGGUACAACACUAAUAUUGGAUGACAUUUCUCAAGAUGAUGAAUCACGUCGGGAGAAUCGCUUUGUCAAGCAAAAGAAGAAGAAGAAGUUCUUGUUUCCAUGGUGGUGUCGCAUCAUUGCAUGGUUAUUGGCAGUUUCAAGUAUUGUUGUAUCUUGCUUCUUCCUGUGGGCCUAUGGUGUGCAGUUUGGAGAUGAAAAAACGAAGAAAUGGAUUACAUCCCUCCUGGUCUCAUUCUUUAGCUCUAUUCUAGUUACUCAACCAAUUAAGGUAUUCCUAGUGGCAAUGUUCUUUUCUGCUAUUUUCAAAAGUGUUGAUACGGAAGAUGAGGAUGAAGAUGAUGAAGAACCUCCAGAACUUGCCCCUGACGAAGAAUGGCUGCACAGAGAAUCAGAAACAAAAGAAGAUAAGCGCAAACUGCUAUACAAACCAGCAGAUAUGGCCAAAAUGGAAAGAGCAAAGCUGGAAAGGAUAAAAGAGUUACAAAUGACUGCAAUUUUGAAAGAAAUAAUUUCUUAUGCCUUCUUUAUCUGGAUUUUAACUAUUUUGAGUUACGGAAAUAGAGAUCCCAGUGCCUAUUAUUUAAGACAAAAUUUGAAGGAUACUUUUAUUCGAGAAGGAGAUUCAAACAUAGAUUUCAUGGGUAUAACCUCCACUGCUGAUUUUUACAAAUGGACUCGAGAAGUUCUCAUACCAGAAUUAAUUGUUGGUAAAUGGUACAAUGGCGAUCAGCCUUUUGGCCUCCGAGGUUUCUUAAGUGAUCGUGUGAACAGAAUAAUGGGGUAUGGGAUGCUCAGACAAGUUCGAAUAAAAGAGCGAUCUUGUAAUGUGGACAGAAGAGUGAAAACUCUCACGGAGGUAUGUCGCUCUCAUUCAAAUAUCAUUUAUGAAGACAAGCAAAGUUAUGAGCCUGGCUGGAAAGUUCUGGCACGAAAUGACACGAAUGAUGAAUACCGCUAUCGAACUUCCAAGGAACUGAACGGGCUGCCGUUCUGGGCCAUUAGAGAUGUUUAUUCAGGAGGUGGAUAUGUGUUCCCUCUACGUGGGACACAUGAAAAGCUCAAGGAGGAAAUGUUUCACCUUGAGAAAAGUGACUGGAUUGAUGAGAAAACUCGAGCGGUUUUUGCUGAAUUUUCGGUCUACAAUGCUCAAGUGAAUCUUUUUGGCGUAAUGACAAUCGUUGCCGAGUUUUUGCCCGGAGGAGGUGUAGUUCCAUUUUAUCGCCUUGAAGUAAUUAGACUCAUGAGAUACCAUCAAGGGUUCGGUGCUUUUGUUUUGGCUUGUGAGUUGGGGUACGUCAUUUAUACUUUAUAUUUUCUGGUUCGUGAAUUCAAAAAGUUUAGGCUGGAAGGCAGAGAUUAUUUCAAAUCUUAUUGGAACUGGGCUGAAGUAAUAGUUAUCAGUCUUUCUAUCAGUGCUAUAGUAUUUUAUUCCUACAGAAUGCUGGUAACCAGAAAGAUAUUAUCCACAUUUGAGAAAACACAUGGUAACGGAUACAUCAAAAUGCAGUAUGUUGCUUCAGUUGAUGAAGUGUUUGGUUUCUUAAUGGCUUUCCUUAUGUUUAUUGCUAUAUUAAAAUUUAUUAAAAUUCUUCGUUUCAACAAACGAAUGGGUAUUUUGUACAGUACUCUUGCUCUUUGUGCGAAAGAUCUCAAAUCAUUCUUUGUAGUGUUUGGAAUUAUUUAUCUUGCUUUUGUACAAUUUUUCUACUUGGUAUUUGGCUUUACGAUUCGAGAGUUCUCAUCAUUCGUCACUGCUGCUGAAUCCACCUUUGCCAUAAUGAAUGGUGGUGGAUUCGAUUUUGAUGCCAUUUGCCUCGCAGCUCCGAUACUUGGUCCCUUGUCAUUUUUCAUAUUCUGCCUCACUACCACAAUAAUUUUGUUGAACAUCUUCGUUACUCUCAUUCUGAGCGCUUUCCAGGACGUCAAAGUAGAUGUUGACAAACAGGCCAAUGAUUACGAGAUAGUCGAUUUCAUGUGGAAGAGGUUGAAAGGUUUCUUCUUUAUAUUUGAUGAUGACAAGCCUAAAAACGAUGAUGAUUUUGACAAUGACGUGAAACCGAUCUUUGGCAUCGGCAGCGGACUUGGUCCAAAUGCAGACAAAAUACAAGAUUUUCCAGAAAAGGUUGACCGGCUUUUGAAUCACAUCAACUCAUUUUAUUUUGAUGGCCAGCUAGACCUCAACAGCAAGAAAGCUCUCAAAAGUUUAUACAAGAAGGAUGAUGAUAAUGAUUACGAUUUUGGGAUGAAAACAACCAAAUCAAAGGCUGAUAAAAUGUCAUUUAUGAGUUGGAACCGUUAAAGGACAACCAGAUUUUUUUUUCUCAGAACACUCACUUGUUCCAAAUAUAUAAUUUCCUUUAAAAAAUCAGAAAAGUAACCUAAAUUGGAUGUUUUUUUCCUUUUAACAGGGUAGUGAUUUUUCUGUUAUUUCAUUCAUAGUUCCUUCAAACACAUAGCUAUCUGUUUUCAUGUUAUAAUCUCACUUGGUUUAGUCAAGCAGGACUUUUUUUCCUAUUUGUAAAUUCCCAAAAUAUGUUUAUAAUUGUUUUAAUUUUUAGAGUAUACGCACAGAACCAAAGACGAUUUUAAAUAUUGUUAUCCAGUCAUAUAUUUAGUCAUAUUACAUAAUUAGAAUGUACUUUUAUAAAGUGUAUGAUUAUUGAAGAUGAAUAUUGUGUUUAGAAAUGACAAAUAAAA